GCCAAGUGCUGAUUGGGCUUUAGAGCGGGGACUUUUAAUUAUGAACCACAUUUUUGAACCGGAAGUGCUCAGUUGUAUCGCCGUCUGUGUUUCUCAAGAAACUUGUUUUGUUAUUUUAAUUCGCGGAUUAAUACAGCGCCUGUAAAACUAUGGCAGACGUUGAAGACAGGACUUACGGUGGUUGCGAAGGCCCUGAUGCCAUGUAUGUGAAGCUGAUCUCCUCAGAUGGCCACGAGUUUAUUGUAAAGAGAGAGCAUGCAUUAACCUCUGGCACCAUCAAGGCUAUGCUGAGUGGACCUGGUCAGUUCGCUGAAAAUGAAACCAACGAGGUGAACUUCCGGGAGAUCCCGUCUCAUGUUCUUUCCAAAGUCUGCAUGUAUUUUACCUAUAAAGUGCGCUAUACUAACAGCUCGACAGAAAUCCCAGAAUUCCCCAUUGCACCUGAGAUUGCUCUGGAAUUGCUAAUGGCUGCGAACUUUCUAGACUGCUAGAUAGGAAAGGAUAAUGUGUUAUGCUGUGACUUACUUGCCAUUACUUGCCAUCAUAUAUGUUCCUAUGAUCUAUGAGUCUGUAUUUAUGAAUGUUUUGCAGUUUUUGAUCCAUUGAGGGGUUUUUUUGUAUGCUGUAAUUUGAAAUGGCUGGAUAUUGUGUUUUGUAUGCAGUGUUUUAAAUGUCUUACAAUCAUUUUGUAUGUGCAGUUGUUCUAAUUUCAUUCACACAAGGGAAAAAAAAGGAUGAGCCAAAUAUAUCGUUGUCACAC